AGAUAAGAUAUAAAAUAAUCUAUAAACACUGAUUCCCUCGUAAAUAAUCUUUUUAGUACCUAGAGACUUAGAAACCAAUAACUACAUUUUUUAUUGUGUAAAUUAAAAUAAAGGUUAACUAGUAAAAUGAUGAUAUUGAGUCUUUUGUUUUUGGCAGUUGGAGUUUUUGCCGAUACUCAAGAUUGCCCCAAUUCUGCCACACCUACAUUCCUCCCAGAUACUUCAAACUGCAGCAUCUACUACGAAUGUAUUAGGGGACACCAGUACCAGCUUAUAUGUCCUCCGGGACUCCUUUUUAAUGUUGACACUAAUUACUGUGAUGACGCAGAAUAUGUUGAUUGCAAUACUAAGGAUCCAUUAUGCCCCACGGCACAAGGAACUGCUAAUGUUGUGUACUCUGAAGACUGCAGCAAGUUCUACAGAUGUGUAGAUGGAAAGAAGCAAUUAAAAAAUUGUCCAGAGAAUAUGUACUUUAAUUCCAAAACAAGUAGGUGCGACUACAUGGACAAUGUGGAUUGUGGUUCUGUACCAGCUCCAACAAUUCCUACAGCAGCUACUGAGUCAUCACCUGCAACUAGUUCACCAAGAGCACAAACUUCAACAGUAGCCCCAACUACCGAAGGCACCAUUGACCCUACUUGUCCAGCAUCGUCAGGAAUAAUUAAAAUCGUUGAUCCAGAUGAUUGCAGCAAAUACUACGAAUGCAACCAAGGAAGGAAAUCACUAAAGGACUGUCCAGAAAAUUUGUAUUUCAACCCUGAAACACUUCGAUGUGACUAUAUGGAUAACGUAGACUGCAAGGCCGUACCAACACGUCAAACAAAUCCAGCCACAGAGAGCACACAGGCUUCUACAGUAACUACAGCUGUACCCACUACCGCAGAUCCCAUAGAUCCAACUUGCCCAGCAUCGUCAGGAAUUACAAAAUUUGUUUACCCCGAAGAUUGCAGCAAAUACUAUGAAUGCAACCAAGGAAGAAAAUCACUAAAGAAUUGUCCAGAGAAUUUGUAUUUCAGUCCUGAAACGCUUCAAUGUGAUUAUAUGGAUAAAGUAGACUGUCAAGCUGUGCCGUCAUCAACUGUAGCGCCAGUUAACCCUACUACCGCUAUUCCUGCCUACACAACAACUGUCGCUCCAGAAAAUCCCACAACAGUUAUUGAUCCAGCUUGUCCUGCGACCGGUUCAACUAAUAUAGUCUACCCAUAUGAUUGUAGUAAAUUUUACAGAUGUGUCAAUGGUCAAAAAACACUAAAGAAUUGCCCCGAAAAUAUGUACUUCAAUCCAUCAAUGGGUUCCUGUGAUUACAUGGAUAAUGUAGAAUGCUCUGUGACACCUUCACCAGUUGAUACAACGACAGCCGCUCCAGUAACGACUUUACAGCCUGAAACUGCAAGUCCAGCUAAAACUACAGCUCCUCCUGUCACAGCUACCACAUCUGUUACCACAUCAGCACCGUCUAAUGUAUGCGAAGGUAAACCAAACGGAACCUUUAUACCUAAUCCUGACAAUUGUAGGCAAUAUUAUGAAUGCGCUAACGGCCAGGCGUUCUUAUUUAAUUGUCCAACUGGAACCAUUUGGAACCCGGUUAUCAAUAGCUGCAGUUAUUCAGAAAACCAGUGUUAGAUAGGUAUAGUCGAAACGGAAAUUGGUCAGAAUAUGCAAUAAAGUGGCGGUAUCAAUGUUAUUGGAGAAGCCGCUUUAUAGAUAAGAUAUUUUACUAUCCCAUUAACCAUUGUAAAUUAGUCAUUUUAGGGCUUACAGUAAAUAAUUGGAUAUUAGUAGGUACAGUUAAAAUACUUAGAUGAUAAAUACCAUACAAGAGAAAUUAAACGUUUUUUUAUACUUUUAAGGGUAAAAAAAGUAAGCUCAUUAAGGCAGCCUUCAGUUUUAAUUGCACAGUUCGAACUGUUCAGUUAAAAGUGACAUCCAUAUGGUCUACACACGUUCAGUUUUAUCAGUUGAAAUAAUUUUUCGGUUGAAGUCACAUGUUACCAGUAGAGUCACCAUGGUUUCAUCGGAUGAUGCUGUAGCAAUUAUUAAUCUAUUAUGCAUUUUGGGAAAGAGAAAACAAAAAAAAAGUGUUGUAAACAUUGUUUAUUAAAAAGACAACAAUAUUCACAUGAUAAUUUACUGAAAGAGCUCAGCAUUGCUCCAAAAGACUAUAAUAACUACACUAAGCAUCAAAAUUAAAGCACCACCUUAAAAAUGGGACAUUUUUGAUGACUCAUAUUUCCUAAACCUGUUGUCUGAUUUGAGUGAUUUUUUUAGUAUAAUAUAGCUUUGUUCUUCAAGAAUAUCGGCGUAAUAAUAUUAUUGCUAAAGAGGUAAGUGUCAUUGUAUACCGGGUAUAAAAAUGAUAGUGGGUUUUUUCUUCGAAGUUUGGAACACCCUGUGGAAUAUUCUAGCAUAUUUAAAAUAUUGAAAUUAAAACUUAACUGUAGCCUUAGACUUUAUUAACAUUUUGCUUUUCGAUUCAUUCGCUUACGUGAGAUAAUAAAAAAGUUGGGUACUUUAACAACUAGCCAUGUUUUUCAUAAAAUACAGGGUGUUUCUAAAUAAGUGCGACAAAUGUUAAGGGGUAAUUCUGCAUGAAAAAAUAAUGACCGUUUGUUUUAUAAGCAUAUGUCCGCAAAUGCUUUGUUUCCGAGAUACGGGAUGUUGAAUUUUUUCUUACAAACUGGCGAUUUAUUUAUUGCUCUAAAACCGGUUGAGAUAUGCAUAUGAAAUUUGGUAGUUUUUAAGAAGCAAUUAUUGCGCAUUUUUGACAUAUAAUUAAAAAUUUUAUAUUCACCAUUGGCGUGCAUACGGGAUGUAUUUAAAAUGUUUAUACCCAUAUACACGCCAAUGGUGAAUAUAAAAUUCUUAAUUGUAUGCAAAUUUCAUUUGCAUAUCUCAACCAGUUUAGAGCAAUAAAUAAAUCGUCAGUUUGUAAGAAAAAAUUCAAGAUCCCGUAUCUCGGAAACAAAGCAUUUGCAGACAUAUGUUUAUAAAGCAAAAGGUCAUUAUUUUUUCAUGUAGAAUUACCCCGUAAAUGUUGUCGCAUUUAUUUAGAAACACCCUGUAUUGAUGAAAAACAUUGCUAGUUGUUAAAGUACCUAACUUUUUUAUUAUCCAACAUAAGUGAAUUAGUCAAAAAGCAUAAUAUUAAGAAAGCCUAAAGCCAUGGUUUGUUAGAACAGUGAGCGACGCACGGCAUACGGGUACAGCAGAAUCUGUUGUACUCGACGCACGGCAGAUUUGAGUAAGUCGGUUUGUUAGCAUAUUAUUCUGUCUUCUGUCGAUCUCAAAAUAGUUUGAGUUUGACGUUUAUUCUCACGGAGGGUGUACGUAGAAAAACAAAUUCUGACACAAUCAAGGCAAUAAUUUUAUUACUCCUAGAAAAGGAGGAGGAAGAAGAGAUAAUAAUAUUAAAUUUAAAUAAAAGAAAUAAAAAUGUAAACUAAAUGUUUUCAUGUCGUAAUACAGAAGGUGCAUUUAUAUUAAUAGUCAAAAGAAAAUUGUUUCAGAACGAGAAAAAAUUUCGAGAAUAUUUUAGAAUUUCCAGAUAUUUAUUUGAAAAUGUAUUACCAUUUAUAAGGGAUAAUAUUACUAAAAAACCCUACAACAGAAGACAACAUCCGAUUUCUGGAGAAGAAAAAUUAAGCAUAACUUUGAAUUAGGUUUUUUUUUAUUUAGAGAAAAAAUAAAAAUAUGUGUUUAAGUAAAAAACAGAAAACUUCUUAAAAAUGUAAAGUAUAUUAUAAUUGUAUCUUACAUUUCUACAUUGUUAUUAAUUGAUUCUGGCGAAAAUUCAAACAAAUGAGAUCCUACAUUUAUUUCCAAAGAAUUUCACAAGAAUUAUUUGUUGUAAUAGGAACCAAUUCAUGUACCUAAUUCAUUUGCAGCCAGCUCAAUUUCAUAUCGCCAAACAAUAUGCAUUACUUCAGCUUUUAUUCUUGCCUUUUCAAUCGUAGGAAAUCUCGAUACUGUGGAAGCAACACUUUAAAAAAACAUGUGGAUCACCUGAUUUUUGAGCCAAUGUCGAUUAUGUUUCCGACUUUUUAACAAGUUUUUCAAUCAAAGCGGUUCGUUCCUCUCGUCCCAUUUUUAAUUCGCUCGUUAAUGAGAAAUUUCUGUUUUUGACAUUUACUUUUUUUUUCGGUGCUCACAAUAUAGUAUUAUAAAAGUGUAAAAAGAGUAAUAAAUCGUCUAAUACAAUAGUAAUAGAAAUUAGAUGUUGGGUUCCUGUGAGGCACAUGGUGUCUUUGAAACGCACUACUGAAAGGGAAAGGUUUAUAGUGGGUACUUUUUGUUAAAUGCAAGCUGCUUUUCUCUUUGAAUAUUUCCCCAAAUAAUUGACCUGAAAACAGGUCAAUUGACAGAGAACUACGUACAUAUUUAAAAAUACGCGAAUAGAAUAAUAAAAAAUGAGAUAUUCAAAGCAUACUUUAAAAUAGGGAUCAGGGAUAAUGGCAAGACAAAAUUGUGCCAUUUGUUGAAUAAUAACGAUACACUUUAUUUUGUACAAACGUAGUUUUAUUAUAAUGCAUGCUUCAGUUUAAUAAAUAAUAGAAAUAAUACCAAUUAAUCUAAAUAGCAAUUAAAUACUAAUAAUAUCAAUUUAAUACAAGUGACUUUUUCAUUUACUUUGUGCAAUUAAAAAUAUGUCAAAUCAUGCAAACUUAUUUUUGUUUGAAUAAAAUUAGUUUACAUCACCACGUUGUACACUGUGAGUUCAGCUGAACGUUUGCGUCCAAAUCAAAUCGCAGUUGAUUCCAGCGCACACCGUCGACGUAUGUACACUGCUGUCGGUCUUCAGAGCGCGCAGCUAAGCAGAACCUAACAAUCCGUUAACAUACAGAAGCCAUUCCUUUGAUUUGGACUGACGUGCGCGGCGUUCGACUGACUGUGAGUUGUGCGUCGCUCACUGUUCUAACAAACCGUGGCUUAAGGCUACAGUUGGGUUUUAAUUUUAAUAUUUUAUAUAUGCUAGAGUUUUCCACAGGGUGUUCCAAACUUUGAGGAAAAAACACGCUAUCAUUUUUACACCCGGUAUACAAUGACACUUACCUUUUUAGUAAUAAAAUUAUUACAUUGAUAUUCUUGAAAAAUAAAGCUGUAAUAUACUAAAAAAAUCACUCAAAUCGGACAACAGAUUUAGGAAAUACGAAACAUCAAAAAUGUCUCAUUUUUAAGGUGGUGCGUUAAUUUUGAUUGAAUUUGGUGCGAAUAUUUAAGAAUUGAUAAAAAAACAUAUUUGCAUUUGCUUGAUUUAGUCACACCUAUAAUUAUCAAACAAAAUACACAGCUAUAUGACAUGCCAACUAGCAACUACACAGUUUUAGUUUGAAUGUACAAUUUUAACUGAACAGUUUUAUCUAAUAAAAUUUCAAUUCAUUUGUCAAUUGAACUGUACAGUCUUCAGUUUUGCCUACACACAUAAGUUUUAACUGAAUAGUUCGAUUGUUUAGUUGAAACUGUGCAGUUCAAACUAAAGGUGUGUAGCGGCCUUUAGCGGAACUGAAUUGAAAAUUAUUUCGCACAUUACAGGAUGUAACAAAAAUACAGGUCAUAAAUUUAAUCACAUAUUCUGGGACCCAAAAUAGUUUGAUUGAACCUAACUUACCUUAUGUGUGCACAUAAGUACAAAUGUGCACAUAAAAAAAGUUACAGCCCUUUGAAAUUACAAAAAAAAAUCGAUUUUUUCCAAUAUAUCGAAAACUAUUAGAGAUCUUUUAUUGAAAAUAGACAUGUGGCAUUCUUAUGAUAGUAGUAUCUUAUGAAAAAAUUAUAGUGAAAUUUGGACACCCCAUAAACAUUUUAUGAGGGUUUUGUUCUUUUAUACCCCCCCCCCCCAAACUUUUGUGUACGUUCCAAUUUAAUUAUUAUUGUAGUACCAUUAGCUAAAUACAAUAUUUUAAAAACUUUUUUGCCUCUUAGUACUUUUUCCAAAAGUCAGUUUUUAUCGAGAUAUUUUGAAUAUUUGUCAAAUCCACCACAUAUUUUUAUAUGGCAAGUACGAUUAUGGAGACUUGGUAAUAAUAUGAAAAUUUAUUUAUAAUUUACAUUUUUAGGUAUAUUUUGAACCAUAUUAAAAAAGAAGUAAUAUCUUGAUAAAAAGUGCCUUCUCGAAAAAAUACAAAAAGGCAAAAAAGUUAUAAAAACACUGUGUUUAACUGAUGGUACCGCAGUAAAAGCUUAAUUGGAACAUACACAAACAUUUGGGGGGUUUAAAGGAACAAAACCCCCAUAAAAUUUUUAUGUAAACAUAUUAAAAAAGAAACCGCAACUCGAUAAAAGCUGCCUUAUCGAAAAAAUACUAAGAGGCAAAAAAGUUAUAGAAAUAUUGAAUUGAACUAAUGGUACCACAAUAAUAAUUUAAUUGGAACGUACACAAAAGUUUGGGGGUGUUUAAGGGAACAAAAUCCCCAUAAAAUUUUUAUGGAAUGCACAAAUUUCACUAUAAUUCUUUUUUAAGAUGUUCCUGCCAUAAGAAUGCCACAUGUCCAUUUUCAAUAAAAAAUCUCCAAUAGUUUUCGAUAUAUUCGAAAAAAUCGAUUUUUAUUUUGUAACUUCAAAGGGCUGUAACUUUUUUUAUGUGCAUAUUUGUACUAAGGUAAAUUAGGUUCAUUCGAACUAUUUUUGGUCUUAAAAUAUGUGAUCUAAUUUAUGACCUGUAUUUUCGUUACACCCUAUCUGAAGCAUUAUUUGGUUAAAACAUCUCGUUUCUGUUGAUACAAAAAAAUAUUAAUUUUUCUGGACUAAAUUACGGUUCUGUUUAUGUCCUAGAAGACUUGGUAUUCACGCAAUGUUGCCAAACUGAAUUUUGUUAUAUUUGCUUUACAUUUUCUAGCCGAUUUCCGAGCGUACUAUAACUCUAUCGACCGAUUAGUCGGGACUGUCAGAAAAACGGUUUUAAAAUAUUUAUUACUUUUAUGAAUAAUUAUUGUUCAUUUGUUUAAAGUCAUACAUCAAAGUUUUUAUUUUUUUAUGGUAAACAUCGUGCAUUUUUAUAUGUGAUUGAUAUUAAUCUUGUUAUAUAUCUGAGACAAAAAUAAAUGAUGAGAUAGAAAUGCA